ACAAUAAUUGAUUGCACAAAAUCUAGUUUACACACAAAUUCGAGCACCUGUUUCAUGGCUUCUACAAUCCGUUUUUCGAUUUUACUCUCUCUCGUUUUGCUUAUUGCAAGCUCUACAAAUGCACAACUUACACCGUUUUUCUAUGCUAGGACAUGCCCUACUCUUCAACUUAUUGUAACUAAUACUAUGAGGCAGGCGUUAGUAAAGGAGCCGCGAAUGGGAGCUUCUAUCCUUCGAUUGUUCUUCCAUGAUUGUUUUGUUAAUGGAUGUGAUGCUUCAGUCCUCCUCGAUGACACACCCACCUUCACUGGAGAAAAGAAUGCGUUACCUAAUCGAAAUUCAGCUAGAGGCUUUGAUGUAAUCGACACAAUCAAGUCUAAUGUAGAAGCAGCUUGUAAUGGAACGGUUUCGUGUGCCGACAUACUCGCACUUGCAGCGCGAGCUUCAGUUUUCUUGUUAGGAGGCCCCACAUGGACAGUACCAUUGGGAAGAAAGGAUGCAAAAACAGCAAGCCAAAGUGCAGCCAACACUAAUCUCCCACCACCCUUUGCCAACCUAAGUACCUUGAUCUCUUCCUUCGCCGCCCAAGGCCUAAACGCUCGUGACAUGACCGCCCUCUCAGGAGCACACACUAUCGGUCAGGCACGAUGCACCACCUUUCGAGACCACAUCUACAACGAUACCAACAUCGACCCCAACUUUGCCACCCUCCGCAAGUCAACAUGUCCCGGUCCUGCCUCCGGUGCAGGGGAUGACAACCUCGCUCCAAUUGACAUCCUCUCGCCUAAUCGUUUCGAUAAUGGUUACUUUCAAGACCUUGUUAAUAGACGUGGGCUUUUCCACUCGGAUCAAGAGUUGUUCAAUGGUGGAUCACAAGAUAGGUUGGUUAGGCUUUAUAGCUUGAACUUUGCUGCUUUUGCUAUUGAUUUUGCUAAUGCAAUGGUGAAAAUGGGGAAUAUUAGUCCAAUUACUGGAUCAAGUGGAGAGAUUAGGAACAAUUGUCGGAUUAUUAAUUGAUUAACGUAGUUACAAUUCAAUAUUUAUUUGUUAAUACUAUGAUUUGUAUAUUGAGUUAUACUGUUAUAGGAAGGAUUGGGUUUGUUAGAAAAUAACUUGGCCCUUUUCUUUAGGGGAUAAAACUGUUACUAAUGGAAAUUCAUAUUGUUGAAUUGUAAUUUACUUGUAUUUUCUCUAUUUACAACAUUUAUCAUUUAUAAAAAUAUCUUACAAUUUAUCAUUUAUAAAAAUAUCUUAUAAUUUCUUGUUAAUCUUUAAUUUCUCUCUUAUAAUUAAGGAAAAAUUGCUCCCAUUAAUCUAAAUUUUGCCUCGUCCGCCGAAAUUAAUCCCUACUUGAUUAUUCCCAUCACUCCCAACUUUAGGGGGUAUUAAUUUGUAUUGCACCCAAAUGACUUGAAACCGGUUGAAGAGGUAAAUUUUGCUGACUUGUGAUUAGUUGCACACGUGUUGCAACCGGAUUCGUUCAAAAGUAAAAAAUAAAUAAAUAAAAAAAAAUCAAAAAAUUAAAAUUAAAAAAAAAAAAAAAAAAAAAAAACCACUUAGCCCCGCAGCCACCCACUGCCAACCAUCCCCUUUCCCCCGGAACAUUGGCCACCAAAGCAGCAGCCGGAAAUCGGAGGGAAAGGGGGCGAAAAUCAGCAGAGAUGCGAGGAAAGUGGUCAGAACUCGUUGGGAAUGGGACGAGAGGGCGAAAAUUGAGGAGGAAGGGGGCGAAAACGAAGGGGAAGAGGCCGGAAACGGAGAAGAAGGGAGUGGAAGUAGAAGGGCAUCAUUUUCCGGCAGUGAGGGAGGGGUUUUCGGGGGUGGGGGAAGGGAAGGGGUGAGUUUCGAGGGAAGGAGGAGGGCUGGGCGGCGAUUUCUGAGAGCGGGGUUUUCGGGGGUGGGAGAAGGGAAGGGGGGGGGGGGCUGAGCAGCGGUUUUCGGCAGCAGGGGAAGGGUUUACGGGGAUGGGGCUGAUUUUCCGGCGGGGUGGGUGUGUGGUGGCAGCUACUGGGCAUGGGUGGUUUGUGGUUUUUUUUUUUUUAAAAAGAAAAAAAAAAGUAAGCCAAUCAUACGCUGACACAUGUCUAGGUAACCUGCUACAUCAGGUUGGAUGACCGGUUAGGUGCAAUAGAAAUUAAUACCCCUUAAAGUUGGGAGUGAUUGGGAAUAAUCCAAUGUUGGAUUAA